CUAUUCUUGUUAGAUUAGUGCUUGACACACAUAGAGGUCGUCGGUAUUAGGCAAAUAGCUUUAGUUAGGUUUAACCUUGAACUAAAGAUUUUCAGAUGGCUGUCGAAUGUGUGAUCAAAAAUGCGGCAAAAUCAAUUGGAGAAGGUCCCCAUUGGGAUGAUGAGACCAGUACCCUUCUGUAUGUGGACCAUCAUGAAAAAGCCAUUCACAAAUAUUGCCCAGAGAGUAAAGAGAACAGUACUAUUCAGCUAGACGAUACAGCAGGAUUCGUAGUUCCCGCCAGAAAAGGGGGAUUGAUCGCUGGAGUAAGACGUUGUCUGGUCCACGUGGACGGGGACUCCAAGAAAGUGACCAAACUUCACGAGGUGGACCAUGGACUGCAGACACGCUUCAAUGACGGCAAAUGUGACCCCCAGGGAAGGGUCUGGGCAGGAACCUAUGGCCCCAUUGAACCAGACGUUGUAAAUAUGCCAAAGAUUGGAAGUUUAUAUCGUCUGGAUUUGGAUGGCAGCUUACAUACCAUGGUCAAAGAUGUUGGUGUGUCUAAUGGUCUUGCGUGGACAGCAGAUGAGAAAUUUAUGUUUUACAUUGACUCAACACCGCGCCAAAUCUACCGCUAUGAUUUUGAUAAAUCUACAGGAAAUAUAUCUAACAAGAAAGUGGUUGUAGACAAUGCGGGGAAGCCAAUAAAUGACUACGGUUUUCCUGACGGUAUGACAAUUGACACGGAAGGGAAACUUUGGGUAGCUUGUUUCCUCGCCAGCAAAGUUAUCAGAUACGACCCAGAAACAGGACACCAACUACAGUGUAUCAACUUUCCUUCUGCUUCAAGAAUCACCUCUUGCUGCUUUGGAGGGAAGAAUUUAGACGAACUCUAUGUCACCUCUUCAGUUUUUGAAGUUUCGCCAGUAGAAUUCGAGAAAUAUCCGUUGUCUGGGUCCGUUUUUCGAGUAACUCAAUUAGGAGUGAAAGGACGAAAAGCUAAUGUUUACGAGGGAGAAAUUAAAGCCCUUAACAAAUAAA